UUAUAGCGGGACUGCGGCGGGCAUUCUGAAACUGGGGGGAAAACUGGCUUGGUGUCACUGACAUCCCCAGUGAAACCAAUACAGUGAUCAGUGCUAAUAAAAAGCACUGACACUGUACUAAUGGCACUGGGCCAGAAGGGGUUAACAGGAGGGGCGAUCAAAGGGUUAACUGUGUGCUGUUUUACUAUGUGGGCUGUGUUUCACUGUAAGCACACUACUUUGGUUCUGCUUUGCAGAGCCAUUCAAAGCAGUGUGAUACAGGUCUCUUCCCUGAAAGAGAUACUUGGCGAUCGCUGGGUGCCAGCGAGUAAUCAGCGGCCGAGACCCGGU